AUGUUAGGAAGAACUCUUGAAGAAAUGGAAUGCUAUGACCAAGCAAUUAGAGCCGAUCCGAAUUAUCGUCUGGCUUACAAUAAUAAGGGAAUUCUUCUUAGUGAAUCAGGAAGGUUUUUGGAAGCAAUUGAAUGCUUUGAUCAAGUAAUAAGACUCAAAUCAGAUGAUUAUAUAGCCUAUAAUAAUAAAGGAAAUGCACUUAAGGAUUUAGGAAGAAACCUAGAGGCAAUAGAAUUCUAUAACGGUGCAAUUAAACUUAAACCUGAUUUUGCUGAUCCUCACAAUUCAUGUAGAAAAUAA